AUGUUUGAUUCAAAUCUGCAAUUUUUAUCAAAGGAUACAUGCCAAAUCGUUCAGGGCUACAACACAGAUGUAACUCAUGACAUCUACUCACUAUAUCCAGCUCUUAAAAAGACACAUGUCCAGAUUCUCCUUCGGCUUCCACAGCCACUUCUUUGGCCCGUUUUGGCAGACACGUGUCUGGCCUCUUGUGCGGCCUCUACAGCUGUUUCUUCAGCAGCUGUUCCUCCAGCGGCUUCCACUUCUAUGACUCCUCCCCCCACCGAUACACCACUACCAGACACAGAAUGCCUUUGUGGGCUUCACAACCAAGUUUUUCUACCAGAGCAAGUCCACACGUUCCCGGAAAAAUACAAAAUAGUACUGCAGCAUAUAGAGUUUCUAUAUACCCCGUGGACGUUAAAUGAUCUCUUACAGCUAAAAGCACAUCUGUCAAACAUUCGUGACAAUGUAGAAAUGAUUAAGCUUCAUAAGCAACUAGUGGAAAAAAGCAAUGCUCUUUCAGUAAUGGAAGGAAAAUUUAUUCAGCUUCAAGAGAAGCAAAAAACCCUCAGAAUCAGCCAUGAUGCCUUGAUAGCAAAUGGAGAUGAGCUAAAUAUGCAACUUAAAGAGCAACGCUUAAAGUGCUGUAGUCUGGAGAAGCAAUUACAUUCUAUGACAUUUUCUGAAAGAAGAAUAGAAGAGCUACAAGAUAGAAUUAAUGAUUUAGAAAAGGAACGGGAACUUUUAAAGGAAAACUAUGAUAAACUUUACAACAGUGCCUUCAGUGCUGCCCAUGAAGAACAAUGGAAGUUAAAGGAACAGCAGCUGAAAGUACAGAUUGCUCAACUUGAGACUGCCUUAAAAUCUGAUUUAACAGACAAAACUGAAAUCCUUGACAGAUUAAAAACUGAAAGAGACCAAAAUGAAAAACUGAUUCAAGAAAAUAGAGAAUUGCAGUUACAGUAUCUGGAACAGAAGCAACAACUUGAUGACCUUAAAAACCACACACAGUUUUACAACCAGAAAAGUGAUAUUAAUGCUGAUGAACUGAGUGAAGCUCUCCUACUCAUAAAGGCUCAAAAAUCACAAAAAAAUGGAGACCUUUCCUUUUUAGAGAAAGUAGACAGUAAGGUAAAUAAAGACCUAGAACGGUCCAUGAGAGAACUACAAGCAACUCAUGCAGAAACAGUGCAAGAACUUGAAAAGACAAGAAACAUGCUAAUUAUGCAACAUAAAAUUAAUAAAGAUUAUCAGAUGGAAGUUGAAACAGUUACCCAGAAGAUGGAAAAUUUGCAACAAGAUUAUGAGCUCAAAGUGGAACAAUAUGUUCAUCUUCUUGAUAUCCGGGCUGCACGCAUCCAGAAACUAGAAGCUCAAUUAAAGGAUAUUGCCUAUGGCACCAAGCAGUACAAAUUUAAACCAGAAAUAAUGCCAGAUGACUCUGUUGAUGAGUUUGAUGAAGCUAUUCACUUAGAACGAGGUGAAAACCUAUUUGAAAUCCAUAUCAGCAAAGUAACCUUUUCUGCUGAAGUUUUACAGACUUCUGGAGACAAAGAACUUGUCACUUUCUGUACCUAUGCUUUCUAUGACUUUGAACUACAGACAUCUCCAAUAGUGCGGGGCCUUUACCCAGAAUAUAACUUCACUUCCCAAUAUAUUGUUCAUGUUAAUGACUUAUUUUUACAAUAUAUUCAGAAGAGUACUAUCACACUUGAAGUCCACCAAGCUUAUAGCACAGAUUAUGAAACAAUUGCUGCAUGCCAGUUGAGAUUCCAUGAAAUUCUCGAAAAAAAUGGUCGGAUAUUUAGCACAGCAAGUUUGGUUGGGACUAGAGGAGACAUCCCAAAUUUUGGUUCAGUGGAAUAUUGGUUCCGAUUGAGAGUUCCUAUGGAUCAAGCUAUUCGACUUUACCAAGAACGAGCAAAGGCAUUGGGAUACAUAACAUCAAAUUUCAAAGGACCAGAGAAAAUACAAUUGUUAAGUCGGGAAGCACCCAAAACUACUCAACUCAGUUCUAUGGAUUCUACAGAUGGCAACUUAAAUGAACUUCACAUUACAAUAAAAUGUUGUAACCGCCUGCAGUCCAGAGCAAGCCACGGGCAGCCACACCCAUAUGUUGUGUACAAGUUUUUUGAUUUUUCAGACCAUGAUACAAUCAUUAUUCCAAGUAGCAAUGAUCCACAGUUUGAUGAUCACAUGUGUUUCCCAGUGCCCAUGAAUAUGGAUCUGGAUCGAUACCUUAAGUCAGAGUCUUUGAGUUUUUAUGUGUUUGAUGAUAAUGAUACCCAAGAGAAUACUUACAUAGGAAAAGUCAGUGUGCCUCUGAUUUCAUUAGCACAUGACAGGUGUAUCUCAGGAAUAUUUGAAUUAACAGAUCAUAAAAAGCACCAUGCAGGAACCAUCCAUGUUAUACUGAAAUGGAAAUUUGCUUACCUUCCACCAAGUAGUUCCAUAACAACUGGAGACUUGGGAAAUGUUAUACAUGAAGAAGAAUCAAAAGGAGGUCAGAGACUACCUCCAACAUCUGUUGUUAAGACAUCAGCCAUCGCCCCAACACCUAAACCAAGACAACAUUUAGCACCUGUAGAAAAGAAGGUAUCUUUUGUGGAUAUCAUCCCACAUCAAAGUUCUGAAGCUUCUACUCCUGCUGAAGAUAUGAAAGAAAUCUUACAAGAAGUGCAAAGUAAACCAGAAAUGGAAAUUAGUAUGACAACUGUAUCACAUAUUCCCAAAGUUUCACAAGAAAGAGGUAUAGCUAGAGCAAAAGAGAAUGCUGAGGAAGUGCAACUCAGGAGAGAUCCUGAUGUAUCAUUAUUAUCUGAAGGUCAAAUUGCAGAACAUAAUUCAACUUCUUCUGAAGAUGAAACAGAAAUAACUGAGGAAUUGGAACCAGAAGAUGAGCAAGACAAAGCAUCUGACAGUGAUGAGUGUGUUAUUCCAGGACCACUUUCUACGAAUCUCAGACAGCCAUCAGAAAAAAUUCGAAUUGAGAUCAUUGCUCUCAGCCUUAAUGAUUCUCGGGUAACUAUGGAUGACACAAUUCAACGACUAUUUGUUGAGUGCAGAUUUUAUAGUCUUCCUGCAGAAGAGACACCUGUGUCGCUUCCAAAACCCAAACAUGGACAGUGGGUCUACUAUAACUAUAGCAAUGUGAUCUAUGUGGAUAAAGAAAACAACCAAGCAAAGAGAGACAUCUUAAAAGCUAUACUACAAAAACAAGAGAUGCCAAAUAAAAGUGUUCGUUUCACUGUGGUCAGUGACCCGCCAGAGGACGAGCAGGAUCUGGAGUGUGAGGACAUAGGCAUUGCUAAUGUUGACCUUGCAGACAUGUUUCAAAAAGGGAAAGACAUCAUUGAGCAAAAUAUUGAAGUUUUUGAUGCACAGGCAGAUGGCGAAGGUAUUGGCAAGCUCAAGGUAACAGUAGAAGCACUCCAUGCCCUGCAGUCCGUCUAUGAGCAAUACAGAGAUGACUUGGAGGCUUAAAAGGAACUGCUCCAGAGGCAUCUCCUGCUCCUGAGUAAAUGUUCACAUGAAAUCUUUUAGAUGAGAUGUUUGUUAUUGCUCUGGCGUAUAUAAUUUAUAAUUCAUGGGAAGUUGGGAGUGGGGGAGACCUGGGUUUGAAGUGUUCAAGUUUUGUAUACUUUUCACUUUGUUUAUUUUUCUACUCCCUCCUUCCCAUAACUGCCACCCCUCAGGACUUAAUUUCUCCACAAUGGGCAACAUCUUCUUAAUAAUUUAUACCGAUGUGAUAGCAUUGGAAAACUAUUUGCAUUUUCAACACUUUCUUAAGAAGAACUGAAAUGUAAUUCCCAUUUUUAUUUUUUAAUAAGCAAAAGGCAUAAAUCUUAAACAACCUAUGAAAAAGAAAUACUUUUAUGUUAUCCCUAAUCGUCCCACUAAAUGGAAUGCCUAUGAUUAGCCUCAUUAAGAGUUUUAUACUGUGAAGAUUUUAUUAGAAGCAAUAUAUAAAAAUUACUUGGAUUAAUGUGUUAAUCUUCCUCUUUAAAAUGCUAAUGUCCAUUUUAUGCACAUUAAAGCUCAGUAUGCAUUUUCUUUGAUGCAUGCAGUUUCUAUCAAUUAUAUAUAAAGAAUGAGACUUGCCACCAAUUUAUUAAAUAACUUCAAGUUUUGUGUUUUUCUUUUUUUUUAAUUAGAAUUCUCCCUAUGUGUAUUGUUUCAGUGUAUUAUAAUGGUGAUAUGAGAUCCAGGGAUUGUAUACAUAAAGAGGAGGUAGGUAGCUGUAUAUACAGAAAUUCAGACUUUGAAAACUUAGCUUAUGUCAUAGAAAUUGUUUUAAAGUAUGGCUCAAAUUGUGGUAUGCUUUGUUAGACCUGAAAGGAGUAUCUUUUUAUCACCUAUAAAAUUUACAUAAAGCUUGUACAAUAUGGGAUGUAUCAGGAUAACCAAGUUCUUAAAAAGGAGCUCAGAAAGUUAAUUUUCUAGCUUUUACCCAAUCUCACUGAAGGAUUUAAUUGAUAUUUUUAAUGGAGCUGUGAAUCAAUGCUGCAAAGGAAUUGUCUCUAAAGGCCUGGGAUAGAAUGCAUUUCAUUUUUUAAUUUACUUUUUUAUUUGUCAUUUUCUUCAAAGGAUUUUUUAUAGGCCGUGGGUUUUCACUGUUUGCAAACAGGCUAUGUUCCUUCUUAAGCAUAUGUAAAGUAUUCAAGGAGAUAAGUAAUUUAUUAAAAUCUACCUAAUUUGCCGUGAUAUAUUAAAGCUCUGCUUCAGUGAUCACAGACCAUUUCAUUUAGAGAAUUAGGCAUUCCCUCGUUGUGUGAUUAAAGCUCUGGAAAAUGAGUUCUUUGCUCCUAUUUGUGAACAUUCAAAGCCUGCUAAUGGCAAGAAGAUGGAAUAGAUUAUGAGACAAUUCAUUACAGUUCAACAGGGGAAAAAAAGGCAGCUAUAAUGCAAAAAUGCAAGUAUGAAUAUCUGCAUAUAGUUUGAACCAUCUGUGCUCUAAUGGCUUUAAUAAUGACUCUCGUCUUUAGGAGGCUUUGAAAUGACAUCCGUACAAUAUUAAUUUGUUGAUGUACAUUGUGGAACCAGUAGAGUAGGAUCUGACCACAGAAAUCUAUAAAUUCUGCCUCUACCAUUGGGCCUCCCUGCCUGAGGCCUAUCAUCUCCAAGAAAAAUCUUGGCCUCAUCAAACUCCGCAAAUCUUCAUAACAGUUCAUUCCUCUGGAACCUUCUAGAGACCACAAACAUCUGCAGACUACACCUCUCCAAUCCUAGUAAACAACCACAUGUUUGUUGUCACUUCAGCUGGCUCUGAGCUCAUCGUUUUGGCCUCUUUUUCUAGCUUUCUUUGGCUUUCUGCAGUUACAGUGUCAUUAAGGCCCAUAAUAUUCCCUACAGUAAUUUAAAACAGCCGGAUUAUACCAUGGGAUUAACUUGAGUGGUUUUUGAGACAUUUAUUGUGGUAUUCUCCCAGGAGGUUUGUAUUAUUGUUUUAAAAUGUUACAUCCCAAACUAAAUACUCUUUCUGCAGGAAGAAGAGCCAGGCUGCACUGACUUCUUAUGAUCUUUAAGUGGAAAGGGAAAGUUUUUAUGAGAAAACUUCUGAGAUUUAGUCAAACAUGUGGAAUGUAUACAUCAGAUAAGAUUAGUGAACUAGCCAUGUGUCUGUCACGUUCAUGUUCACCAUAAUAGUUUAUGAAACAUUUCUUUUCUAGCUUUAAAAUGCUCAGCUUCGAGCUAUGUGUGUAAGUCUUCACAGAACUCAUUUUCUUAAGUAAUUGAAUAGCUAGCUACUGGCACAUUUUGAAGUGGAUUAGUGAAUGUUGUCAUAGAUCCUUCAAGUAGUCUUCAUAAUCUUUCCGAGGAUAUUUUCUUGUUUUGUUUUGAGUUAGCCAGAGUUCAUUGAAAAGUUCACCACCUUCUGAAUUACAAAACAAGGGUUUUUCUCUUGAUGAGAUAAUCAUGAUCCAUUACAUAUGGCAUGGGAGCAAAUGGAUGCCAACAGUGGUCUUGCCACACAAACACACCAGUUGAAGAUAAUGCUUGUAUUAACUUACAGCUUUUGGUGUAAACAUAUACAGUACACUCAGCACUUUGGGGGGGCUAUAAUACUUUUAGUUUAGAAAUAUAAAUAGAGAUGUGAUGUGGUGUGUGGCAGAGUGUAUUUUACAUGGGUUUUUUUUUUUUUUGCCUACUGUAGUAGAAAUGUCAGAUUUCCAGCCACUGUCAUGAGAAGCAGUUGACAAAAAUAAGUUUUAUGGUUUACAGUGUGGUUUAUGUAGAGAACAUUUCUCUUCACUCUCAGUUUCAGCAUGUUUUCUGAAUUAUCAUGGUUUGUUGCCAUUUAACUUAAAUUAGUUUUUUUUAAAGAAUAAAUAGAGAAUAUAUUUAAUCAAAAAAGAACAGCCACAUUGAAAUUCUGCUGUUCCUGCCAUCCAUCUGAUACCACAAAGCACAAAUAAUUUUGAUGUGUUAUGAAGAAGUGUGGGCUGGGAAAUGGUCAUGUGAUUUGGGAGGGUCUGCGUGCAUCCAUGUUCCCACAACAAAACAUAAAUUAUUUUAGUAAUCUGACAUCAAGAGCUGUGACAAUGAAAGCCACUUCUUACACAUGUUCUGACAAGAAUCUGAUUAACAUUUUUGUGGAUAUGGAAAAUAAAUUUUUUUAGUUAAACUGGCA